AUGGGGGAGGCGAGCUACGGCGUCCCCGCCAUCCUGGCGGUGACCCUGGUGACCGCCUACAUGCUCCACUACUUCGCCGCGAGCGAGUGCGACCUCGCGGUGCGGUUCAUGGUCAUGGUGUCUUGGACGCUGUCUCUCUCAAUCGUCGCCCUGGUCCCCGCGGACGUCGCGGCGACGAUGUACGACGAGGAAACGUCCAGCCUGAGCACGCUGUGGGACCUGUCCUACUGGAUCACAUUCACCCUGACGUGGUUCGUGCUGCCGUUCCACCAGUUGUACGAGGACGCCGGAGACUUCUCCGCGCUGGCUCGCGCGUCCACCAGCCUCCGCGAGAACGGUAUCUUCUACGGCGUCAUCGUGUUCAUCCUGCUCCUGGGCGCGAUACUGCUGACGUCCUACGGCGCGAUGACCAGCGAGAGCAUGGCGACGUUCGCGCUCGCGUCCUCCACCAUGUUCGGCAUCUGCGCGGGCAUCUUCGCCCUCGGCUUCGGCCUCGUGGACGUCCCGAAGAUCAUCUGGCGCCGAGCGGAUGUGGCCAAGCGACAGGCGGAGGCCCAUCGGAGACUCGGCGUCGCGUCCAGGGCCCUGGAGGAUGCCUUCGUGGGUUUGCGUAAGGUCAUCAAGGCGUCGGAGACGACGCGGGAGGUCAUCCCGCGGCACCACGUCUACGCCUGGGCCGUCGCCGUCAUCGCGCGAGAGACGCCCAAGUCGUCCGCGUUUGAAGGCGCCAUGGACAAGGUGGACGACGACGUGGACGGCGUCCUCGAUUACGACUACGACGAGCUCUCCGACCUCGUCGCCCUGCGCAGGGAGCUACGACGUCGCACGCGGGUGUAUCGGCGCACCGCGGCGCAGUACGCCGUGGCGGUGGAGAACGCGAUCGAGGCUGAGGCGGUUUUCAACUGCGGCGCCGGCGCUGGGGGGUUGGGCGACCGGGGGUGUUUGAUGACGCCGGACGGCGGGCAGCGGCGGUUCCGGUCGCCGCUCCGGGCCCCGAGGCAGGGACGGUACGGCGAGGCGGUGGAGGCUGUGGAGUGGUGGUGGAAGUGCAGGGUGGAGCCCGUUUUGCUCAGGGUACUCGCCGUCGCGCUGGGCGCGUUUUCCGUGCUGACGGUGUGGGCCGAGGGCACCAUGUUCAGCACGCAGGCCAUGGAGGGCGCGGACGUGUCGCCGUUCAGCGCGAUGGUCCGCGCCGCGAAGGAUAAGGGCGGCCUGCACAUGGCGGUCGCCAUCCCGCUGGGUUACAUGUGCUGGUGCGCGUAUCACUCGCUGUUCCGACUCGGCAUGUUCAGCUUUUACGCGCUCGUGCCCGGGCACACGGAUUCCUUCUCCCUGCUCAUCAACGCGGCGCUGACGUGCAGGUUCGCCGCCCCGCUCUCGCUCAACUUCCUCAUGAUGGUCCCGUCCCUCCGGGAGGGCGACGCGAACAAGGAGACCACGUUUGGACGUAAGUUCGUGGACGGCGUUCCGGAUAGCGCGAGGAAUUUCGCCGCGGUGUUUCCGGCGAUUCUCGUGUUUUACUGCGGAGCGCUCGCGUUUGGCGUCUUCGAUAAGAUCUUCAGCGCGUGCACCAGCUCGUUCGGCGGGUCCCUUCGUGACAAGUACAAGUUCGAGAGCGACGAGAAGGACCUGGAGCGCAACGUGCACACGACGGACGGCAAGCGGAUCGCCGAGCGCGAGCGAUCCGCCAUGCAAAAUCAGACGAAGCCGAAGAUCGGCUCGGGCUCUCCGUACUACUUUGAGCUCGCGUCGGGGGACAUGGGGCGCGAGUCGGAGAUGGCGGACCUGGGCGGGCGGGGUGGUGACGUGGACGUCGAGCGCGCUGGCCUGCUCUCCGCCGGGGGGCGUCGUUCGCAGCCGAGGAGCGACGAGCGACCGGAGAGCAGGUGGGAGCGUAACAAGGAGAGGCUGGCGAGCGCGCUGGAACGGACGGGGGAGCUGCGAGUGGCCAAGCCCCCGGGAGCGAAGCCGCCCGGGAGUUCGUCCCGCGCGUCGAGGUUCGGGCUCGGACGUGGGUUAUUAGGCGGAUCCGGCGGUACCGACUCGUCGACCGGCGGGGGGUCCAGGCUGGACAGCAUGUUCGCCUCGCUCGGCGGCGACAAGUGAAGAGCUACUCUACUAGCAUUACUCUAGCCAUCUAAAAAGCGUCAUCGUCUGACGA